AUGUCCGCGACUUAUAAACUCACUGCUUGCGGAUCUUCUUCAACACGUUCAUCUAGUGUCUCCCCCUAUGGCCAUGCGCCGUACCCCUAUGGCUACGCGUACCCGCCGGCCGGCAGCGGAGUGCCUCCUUCCCCGUGGCAGCACAACCCGCACUAUCCGCAUCCCGCGCCUCACCCGCCCGCCGCGCCGUGGUACGGCGGAUAUCCCGGACACGCGCCACCGCCAUACCAGGUCCCCGUUCCGCCGAUGAUGCCGGUGCCGCCUCCGCCUGUGGUAGCGGAGCCGCAGCAAGCGGUGACGAUAAGGAACGAGGUGAACGUGAAGCGCAGCUCGCUGCGGUUGCUGCGCGACCCCGCAGAUCCCAGCAAGCACCUCGUCGCCUUCACCUUCGACGCCACCACCAGCGGCAGUGUGAGCGUGUUCUUCGCGGCGCAGGAGGGCGAGGGGUGCAGCCUCAGGGGGGUGUAUCCGCACGUGCACACGCCAACGGUCGUGCGCUUUGCGAAGGGUCUCGGUCAGAAGCUCGUGCAGCCGUCAGGCACGGGCGUCGACCUCUCGUUUAUCCCAGAAGAGCAUCUCUUUAGGGUUUCCGGCCCCAACCCCGUGUAUCCGCUCGUUAUUCGCACCCGCGUCGAGCCCAGAAGCUCGAAUUCCGCGACAGUAGCAUCGCCGAAUAGUAGCGCUAGCAGCUGCGUCAGUAACGUUCAGUCCGGCGAGCCCGCGAGCGCGUCGUCGUCAGAGCCGCGCUCCGCCGGCAGCAGCCAUGGCGUAGAAUCAUGCGACUCGGAUCCAGGCGCUCCGCUGCCCCCGUGGGUGCAGUCUCAGAUGACCUACGCCGUGUUCGAGAAGGCCGCUGUAACGCGUACGGAGAAAGCGGGAGAAGGGGAGGCGGCGGAGGGCGAUAAGGGGAAGGGCGUUGGGGAGCUGCCCGGGCUGUUCGUGGUGCGGCCGGUGAAGCAGAAGAUCUGGGUGGACGGCACCAGCUACGAGGUGCAGGAGAUUUACGGCAUAGAGCAGUGCGGGCGGGCCAACACGGGCAGGAGCAAGAAGGGCGAGGGAGAGGGAGGGCAGGGGGGCACGGGGGGUGAGGGGUCGGCAUUGGGGGGCGAGGAGGAGGAUGAGGAGGAGGAGGAGGAGGAGGUGGCGGGCAAGGAGUGUGUGAUCUGCAUGUCCGCGCCCAGAGACACCACCGUGCUGCCCUGCCGCCAUAUGUGCAUGUGUGCGGACUGUGCCAAGGUGCUGCGGUACCAGACCAACAAGUGCCCCAUCUGCCGCCAGCCUGUGCAAUCAUUGCUCGAGAUUCGAGUGCCGCCCAGACUGCCAUCGCUGGACGGACCUGAGCCAACUUCCCCUGAGGCGCAGGGAGAAGCAGCAGCGGGGAGGCAGGGGCACGCAGAGACAGAGGCGCGUGCAGGGCCUCCUACACUUGCAGGCUCUGAUGGUUCCGCCGAUCCCGCGUCUGCAGCGGCUCAUGCGGGCAGUGGUGCUGCUGAGGCCGGAGGUUCUUGGGGCCAUGGUGGGGCGAGCAGAGGUGUAGAGCCGGAGGCUGGGAGGGGCAGUGGUGGUGGGAGGGGAAGUGCUGAUGUUGUGCAGUUGACUGAUCAAGUAGGCUCGGCGAACACUCGUAACGUAGAAGGUUAUAUACUUGGCAAGAAUACAACGCGCUCGUCUUUAACGCGAUUGCUAUUGCCGCUGCUGCUCUCUCUGGUCCUACCGGACGCGCCAGGAGCAGCGGCGCAGGGCAGGCCAGAUGCCGUCACGAAGCUACCCGGUCAGCCGGCAAGCGCGCCCAAGUUCAACCAGUCAGCCGGCUACAUAACGGUGGACGGGCGGAAGGCGUAUUUCUACUGGCUCGUGGAGGCCAUCAGCCAGCCCGACUCGAAGCCGCUGCUGCUCUGGCUCAACGGCGGUCCGGGGUGUUCGUCGGUGGGGUGCGGGCUGUUCGAGGAGGUGGGGCCGUGGCGCGUCGCGUCCAAGGCGGGAGCCGCGCUGCUCUACAACAAAUACGCCUGGAACCGACUGGUGAACAUAGUGUUCCUCGAGUCGCCCGUGGGCGUGGGGUACUCGUACUCUACUGACACGUCAGACUACACCACCGAUGACGACCAGACAGCGAAGGACAACCAUGCCUUCCUUGUGGGGUUCGUGGCGCGGCACCCGCGGUACGCGGGGAGAGAGUUCUACAUCGCGGGGGAGAGUUACGCGGGCCACUACAUUCCGCAGCUCGCCGCCCGCAUCAUCGAGCAGAAUCAGAUCCAGGGCGGCACACGACUUAACUUGGACUUCUCGGGGAUUUUCCUGGGCAACCCGUUUGUGAACUACGCGCAUGACACCAAGGGCCCCAUCCAGUUCUUCUACGACCAUGGCAUGCUCAGCACCGACCUCUACAACGACGCCAUCAACUGCGACUUCUCAUACGGCUCCCCCAACCUGGAGUGCCGCUACCACAUCAACUCCGCCUUCUCGCCCUGGUACGAGCCCAUCGACCCCUACAACAUCUACGCGCCCUACUGCCUGGCGGACAUCUCAUCAGCACGCCUGUCCGCCUCGGCGCGCAUGAAUCCGCGCCUGCGCUUCUCCAUAGCCGCGCUGCAAGCAGCCAUCCAGCAGCAGCAGCAGCAGCAGCAGCAGCAGCAGCAGGCAACGCAAGCACAGGCGGCUGCAGGAGGCGGGGAUUUGGCCGCGCCAAGCGGUGCAGGGAGCAGUGGCGGUGCGGGGAUGAGUGGCGGUGCGGGGAUGAGUGGCAAGGCGAUGGACCCGUUGGACAGCCCGGCGUGCAUGGACGCAUGGGUGCAGCGCUACCUGCGCUCGCCCGCUGUCUACAAGACCCUCCGUGCGCCCGCUUCUCGCGCCUCCCAGUGGAGCCUCUGCUCCAACGGAAUAGACUACAGCGCCACCAACCAGGGCAGUGACAUCAUACCCACCAUCGCGGCGCUGCUGGACCAGCCCAUCCGCUUCUGGAUCUUCGCGGGCGAUGCGGACAGUGUGGUACCGUUCACGGGUACGAGGGUGUGGAUAGAGGCGCUGGGGCUGCCCGUGCUGCAGCCGCAGUACCCGUGGCUCAUGCCCUCGGGCCAGGUGCGUGCUGCACUGCUCUGCUCUACCCCACCCCUUGGGUUCGGUUAG